CUUCCCCACCAACUCCAUCAACUAUUCCCGAUGCCCAGCGAUGAGAAAGCGCCGGUGAAGCUCUCUCUUCCUCUUGAAUUCCAGCAAGACAUCUUCAAGGAACUUCGUGAGGAAGAUGAGCUCGUACUCCUCGCCCGCGGCCUGGGACUCCUCCGCAUCGUAACCAACCUCUUGCACUCUUACGAUGCCGCCGGGAACAACUUGAUUCUGCUCCUCGGAGCUGAUGAGCGAGAGAACACAUGGAUCGGCGAAGCGCUGGCGGAGCAUGCCGCCAUCAGCAUGUCUCCAAAGGCCAGAGGACUCAGCUUGGUCAACACCGACGUCAUGAGCGUUGCGACGCGGGAGAAAAUGUACGCCCAAGGAGGGGUCUUCAGCAUAACCUCGCGGAUUCUGAUUGUAGAUUUCCUGUCGAAUCUGCUGAAUCCGGAGAUCGUGGCGGGGAUCGUGGUGCUGCAUGCUGAGAGGGUUGUGGCAACGUCCCUUGAGGCGUUCAUAUUGCGCAUCUAUCGUCAGAAGAAUAAGAGCGGGUUUCUGAAGGCGUUUUCGGACAGCCCGGAACCGUUCACGUCGGGGUUCUCGCCGUUGUCGAAUAUGAUGAAGAACUUGUUCUUGCAGAAGCCGUCGCUGUAUCCCCGGUUCCAUCUCUCGGUUGCGAAGUCGUUGGAGGGUCGGAAGAAGGCGGAAGUCAUUGAACUGGAGGUUCCGAUGACGAAUGCUAUGAAGGAUAUACAGCUCGCCGUUCUUGAGUGUGUCGAGGUUAGCAUCAGCGAGCUGAAGAAAGGCAACUCGGGCAUAGAAAUGGAGGACUGGACACUAGAUAGUGCUCUGCAUAAGAACUUUGAUACUAUCAUACGAAGGCAGCUAGAUCCUGUCUGGCAUCGGACAAGCUUCAAGACCAGACAGAUCGUGCGAGAUUUGACGCUUCUUCGAAACAUACUAGGAGCUCUUCUCACUUAUGACGCCGUAAACUUCAACCGCUACCUAGACACAGUCCUCGCCGCUUCUCAGCCUCCGCCUGGAUCUAACAAGCAAACCCAAUCUCCUUGGCUCUUUCUAGAUUCCGCGCACACGAUCUUUGAAACCGCGAAGCGACGGGUGUACGCAGGCAAACUGACCAACACUGAUCUAGCUGCUAAUCCGAACGCCGUACCGGACUCUGUGCACCCGGUUCUCGAAGAAUUCCCCAAAUGGGCACUGCUUGCUGAGAUCCUGCAAGAAAUUGAGCAAGACACGUAUCUCAAUCCAAUCAUUUAUGAUGGAUCAAACGGAUCGAUUCUGAUCAUGUGCGGUGAUCAAGGGACCUGUCGCCAGCUUCGCGAGUAUCUUCAAACAAUGUGGGUGAAAGUAGAGGCGAACGAUGACGGAGAAGAAAAUGGGGAUGAUUCUGCCCCAUCAGGUUCCUUCAUGAUGCGUCGAAGGCUUCGAAAUUAUCUCGCCUGGAAGAGAGAGUUCGCCAAAGUUAGCAAUGCGCUUUUUUCGGAGAACGAGAAGGCAAUCAACGGCGCGACCGAUCAAAGGGGCGGUCAAAGUAGCAGCAGAGGCAAGGCACCUCCUAACAAGCGUCGCCGAAUGCGCGGCGGGGUUACGACCUCCGGCGAUCGAUCGGCUACCGGAGCUCUUCGUACGGCUGGAGAUCGAGAUGCGCAUCUUGCCAGCUUGAUGGCCGAGCUCCAGCCCACAGAGAUAGAAAAUCUGCAGAAAGGAGAGAUUGCGUCUGAUCCCCUUGACGAUAUGGAAGAUUUCUACGAGCUCUUCGACAUGAACGAGCUUGUCGUGGUCCAUCCGUACGAAGGUGACAUGGAUGAGCAUGUCCUCGAAGAAGUCAAACCCCGAUAUGUUAUAAUGUACGAGCCAGACGCAGCAUUCAUUCGCCGGAUAGAAGUCUACCGCAGCUCCCACAGCGAUCGGAACGUCAAAGUCUACUUCAUGUACUACGGCGGUUCGGUCGAAGAGCAGCGCUAUCUCAGCGCUGUUCGCAGAGAGAAAGAUGCCUUCACCAAGCUGAUCCGCGAGCGUGGCAACAUGGCCAUCACCCUCACGGCCGCUACCAUGGAUCCUCAGGAAUCCUUCCUUCGCACCAUCAACACGCGCAUUGCCGGUGGUGGUCGACUCGCCGCCACUGCCACUCCACCACGCGUCGUCGUCGACGUCCGCGAAUUCCGCUCCUCGCUCCCAUCCCUCCUUCACGGCCAAAGCAUCGUCCUCGUCCCAUGCAUGCUCACAGUCGGCGACUACGUCCUCACGCCCCAGAUCUGCAUCGAGCGCAAAAGCGUCCGCGAUCUCAUCUCCUCCUUCACCAACGGGCGGCUGUUCAACCAAGUCGAAGCCAUGACGGAGCACUACAAAUCCCCCAUGCUGCUGAUCGAGUUCGACGCCAACAAAUCAUUCACGUUGGAGCCAUUCGCCGACUUCGCCUCUGCGUCGAACCAAGGCGCGAAUGCUACCCCAGACCUGCAGUCUAAGCUCGUGAUGCUGACGCUCGCGUUCCCGCGCCUGCGCAUCAUCUGGUCCUCGUCGCCCUACCAGACCGCCGAGAUCUUCUCGGAGCUGAAGAAGCUGCAGGACGAACCGGACCCCGUCAAGGCGGUCAGUCUCGGGCUCGAAGAUGGCGAAGACGCUGAGGCCCGGACGUUUAACCAGUUGCCGCAGGAUAUGCUGCGGGUGGUGCCGGGCGUCAACGAGAAAAACCUCGUCAGACUGACGCUGCAAGUCGGCAGUUUGUUUGAGUUGGCGAAUAUGGACGAGGAGGAGAUUGUGGGUAUUGUGGGGAAAGUGGCGGGACGGCAGAUUUGGCGGUUCUUUAACCGGAGUGUGUAUGAUGAGUGAUGAAUGAAAUGUAGGUUUAGGGAAGGGUUUGAGAUGAGUAUUUCAGAGUAAAUGCCUUGGAGUAGGUCUGUGUAACCUUGUCUACUCCUAUAUGAAGGGCCUUGAUGCAAGCUCGCAAAUCCGAUUUCAGAACGUCUAAUAUGUACCUUGGAGAACUUGCCCUCCUGCCGGAUUCUGCUGGCCUAUUCGGAGCACCCCUGACGUCGGUAUCUUGGUUGAAUGUUGCGACUUUGCAAGAGUCUGAUAUACACCUUCCAGCUCGUCACCGCAGCGUUAGAGUCGCAUUUCCUCCCUGGGGCACGCUUGACACUGCCAACUCGCUGGAAGAAUACAGUAAUUUGUAGUCCAAUAUGUACCUUUCGAUCCUUC